AAUAACUCCCAAUUGGACGUGUUUCUGGUUGGAGCAGCUGCUAGCACGUGUACUCAAGGAACAGUCAGCGUGUUGUUUUGGAUUCCGGAUCAAGACUCGCCUUCGCCGUCGCCACAAUGGUUGCCCAGAGUUCGGAUAAGAUGCGGGCCUUGGCCCUGAAGCUGUUCGAGAUCAACGCAUUCAAGUUCGGGGACUUUAAGAUGAAGGUGGGCAUCAAUUCGCCGGUCUACUUCGACCUCCGAGUAAUUGUCAGCUACCCAGAUGUGAUGCAAACUGUGUCUGACCUGCUGGCGGAGUACAUCAAAGAGAAACAACUGAAUGCCCGGCACGUGUGCGGAGUACCCUAUACGGCUUUGCCCUUGGCCACCAUCGUCUCUGUGCAGCAGGGCACGCCCAUGCUGGUGCGACGCAAGGAGGCGAAGGCCUACGGCACCAAGAAACUCGUCGAGGGCAUCUUUAAUGCCGGCGACACCUGCCUUAUUGUCGAGGAUGUGGUUACCUCCGGUUCCAGCAUUCUGGACACUGUGCGUGACCUCCAGAGCGAGGGCAUCGUGGUGACCGAUGCCGUUGUCGUGGUGAACCGAGAGCAGGGCGGCGUGGCCAACAUAGCCAAGCACGGCGUACGGAUGCAUUCGCUCUUCACCCUCUCCUUCCUGCUGAACACCCUGCACGAGGCCGGACGCAUCGAGAAGUCCACGGUAGAGGCGGUGGCCAAGUACAUAGCCGCUGUCCAAAUCAACAGCGAUGGAACGUUCGUGGGUGGCGAUAAGCCCGACGUUGUUGGAGCCAACGACUUGCAGCGCACAAAACUGACCUACGAGAGUCGCGCCAACUUGGCCAAGAGCCCGGUCGCCAAAAGGCUGUUCAACCUGAUGGCCAGCAAGCAGACGAACCUCUGCCUGGCUGCUGACCUGACCCGGGCCGAUGAAAUCCUGGACAUGGCUAACAAAUGUGGUCCGCACAUCUGCCUGCUUAAGACGCACGUGGACAUUGUUGAGGACUUCAGCGCGGAGUUUAUCUCGAACCUGGAGGCUUUGGCCAAACGUCACAACUUCCUGCUGAUGGAGGAUCGCAAGUUUGCGGACAUUGGCAACACUGUGGCAUUGCAGUAUGGCAAGGGAGUGUAUAAGAUAUCCAGCUGGGCGGAUUUGGUCACGGCGCACACUCUGCCUGGACGCAGUAUUCUUCAAGGUCUGAAAGCAGGCCUUGGCGAGCAAGGAGCCACGAAGGAGCGUGGCGUCUUUCUGCUGGCCGAGAUGUCGGCCACUGGCAACCUAAUCGAUGCCAAAUACAAGGAGAGCAGCAAUAAAAUCGCCACCGAGGGCGCCGAUGUGGACUUUGUGGCCGGUGUGGUGUGUCAGUCCUCGGAUGCUUUUGCUUUUCCGGGUCUGCUGCAGCUAACCCCCGGCGUUAAGAUCGACGAGACCGCGGACCAGUUGGGUCAGCAGUACCAGACGCCGGAACAUGUGGUGAAGGACCGCGGUGCUGAUAUCGGCGUGGUGGGCCGGGGCAUCCUGAAGGCCACAAAUCCAGAGAAGGCGGCUCAGACAUACCGUGAUCGCCUGUGGGCAGCCUAUCAGGAUCGUGUGGCCAAGUAGUAGUAGGGUCCACACUCUGAAUAUUUCCCAACCUCAAAUACCAAUUUCAAUUUCCAUUCCCCUGGUUUCGGUUGCCCCUAGUUUCUUA